AUGCAAACUAGAAAUGCUUUUUCUUGGAUAAAGAAAGAGAUUACCCGAUCCAUUUCCGUAUUGCUCAUGAUAUAUAUAAUAACUCGAGCACCCAUUUCAAAUGCAUAUCCUAUUUUUGCCCAACAAGGUUAUGAAAAUCCUCGAGAAGCUACCGGCCGGAUUGUAUGUGCUAAUUGCCAUUUAGCUAAUAAGCCCGUAGAUAUUGAGGUUCCACAAGCGAUACUUCCCGAUACAGUAUUUGAAGCAGUUGUUCGAAUUCCUUAUGAUAUGCAAGUGAAACAAGUUCUUGCUAAUGGUAAAAAGGGGGCUUUGAAUGUGGGAGCUGUUCUUAUUUUACCAGAGGGUUUUGAAUUGGCCCCUCCUGAUCGUCUUUCGCCCGAGAUUAAAGAAAAGAUAGGUAAUUUGUCUUUUCAAAGCUAUCGUCCCACAAAAAAAAAUAUUCUUGUGAUAGGCCCCGUUCCUGGAAAAAAAUAUAGUGAAAUUACCUUUCCUAUUCUUUCUCCAGAUCCCGCUACUAAGAGAGAUGUUUACUUCUUAAAAUAUCCUAUAUACGUAGGCGGGAACAGGGGAAGGGGUCAGAUUUAUCCCGACGGAAGCAAGAGUAAUAAUAAUGUUUAUAAUGCUACAGCAACGGGUGUAGUAAACAAAAUAAUACGAAAAGAAAAAGAGGGUGAAUCUAUCAAACUUGAUCAACCAUUAACGAGUAAUCCUAAUGUGGGUGGAUUUGGUCAGGGGGAUGCAGAAAUAGUGCUUCAAGAUCCGUUACGUGUCCAAGGUCUCUUGCUCUUCUUGGCAUCUAUUAUUUUGGCACAAAUUUUUUUGGUUCUUAAAAAGAAACAAUUUGAGAAGGUGCAAUUGUCUGAAAUGAAUUUUUAG